AUGUCUGCUAUCAGACAUCGACCUCUGGCAACACAGAACGAGAGUGAUGAUAACUUUUCGGACGAUGAAAGCACCCCACUGACACAGGACAUUUAUGGCGGCAGCCAACGCACCGUACAGGAAACCAAAGGAUGGGACGUCUUCCGGGAUCCUCCGAUCAAGGAGGACACCGGCUCGAUGGCCGACCAGGCCUGCCUGGAGCUGACGAUCAAAAUCCUGAAAAUCUUCGCGUACCUGUUGACGUUCGUCAUCGUGCUGGCGGGAGGGGUGAUCGCGAAAGGCUGUGUCCUAUUUAUGUCCUCGCAGUUGCGACGUAAUCGUAAGAUAACCUACUGCAACCGGGACCUAGCCCGGGACAAACAGUUCGUGGUAACGCUGCCCGAGGAGGAACGGAUAGCGUGGAUGUGGGCGCUGAUGAUCGCUUUUGCCGUGCCGGAGAUCGGUGCCUUCAUCCGAUCGACCAGGAUCUGUUUCUUCAAAUCGAUGAAGAUGCCCCAGAAGUCGCACUUUUUGCUGGUGUUUCUGAUGGAAUCGUUCCACACGGUUGGGCUGGUGUUGCUGUUUUUCGUCGUCUUGCCGGAAGUCGACUCGGUGAAAGGGGCCAUGCUGACCAACUGCCUUUGCGUGAUACCCGGAAUGCUCGGUUUGUUUUCGCGGACCAACAAGGAAGGAAAGCGUGCCGUGAAAACUAUCGUGGAUUUAGCAGCGAUUGCGGCGCAGAUUACCGGCUUUGUGGUUUGGCCGUUGCUGGAAAACAGGGCAGUACUGUGGCUGAUACCGAUCACCGCUUUGCUAACGUCUUGUGGGUGGUGGGAAAACUACGUAUCAGCGCAAAGCCCGUUUGGCUUUAUCCGAUCGAUGGGUCGUGUUAAGGAAGAUCUGAAGCAAACGCGCUACUUCACGUACAUGUUCCUGUCGCUGUGGAAAAUUAUUUUGUUCUUCUGUUUCGUUUUGGUUGUUCUUUUCAUACGAGGGGACGAAGUGGCCAACUUGUUCUCUUUGUUCGGAAUAGGUUUUGGUCCUCAUAAAAUCGUGGUUGAAGAGGUUACUGUUGCGUUCAGUCAAGCUCUUCCGGAUCUUCUAGAAGCAUCUCAAGUAGGCGAUACCGUUGACAUUGAUGCGUCCUAUAAUACGGUCACUUAUGUACUGAUCAUUCAAAUUCUUGGUGCCUACUUCUGCUACGUUUUCGGCAAGUUUGCCUGUAAGAUCUUGAUUCAAGGUUUCAGUUAUGCUUUCCCGGUGAAUCUAACCAUUCCUGUGGCCAUCUCUCUAUUGAUUGCUGCCUGUGGCAUACGUAAUGAUGAUCCGUGCUUUUUCCAUGGCUCGAUUCCGGAUUACUUAUUCUUUGAAAGUCCUCCGGUGUUUCGGUUGAGCGAUUUUGCCAACCGUCAAAUGGCUUGGGCCUGGCUUUUGUGGCUCCUGUCACAAACGUGGAUAACGCUUCACAUAUGGACACCAAAAUGUGAACGUCUGGCCAACACGGAGAAAUUGUUCGUUACACCGAUGUACAAUGCUCUGUUGAUCGAUCAAUCGAUGGCCAUGAACAGACGGCGGGAUGAUCAGGCCGACGUCAAAACGGAGGACCUGGCGGAGAUCGAAAAGGAAAAAGGUGAUGAAUACUAUGAGACGAUUUCGGUUCACACAGAUGGUUCGGCUCUGCCUAGGCCCAGCGUAAAAUCUUCUGAUCACAUCACCCGGAUCUACGCUUGUGCCACCCUAUGGCACGAGACGAAAGAAGAGAUGAUGGUGUUCCUGAAGUCUAUCAUGCGGAUGGAUGAAGAUCAGUGCGCCAGACGGGUUGCCCAAAAGUACCUGCGCAUCGUCGAUCCGGAUUAUUACGAGUUUGAAACACACAUCUUCUUCGAUGACGCCUUUGAAAUUUCCGAUCACAGCGACGAUGAUAUUCAGUGUAAUCGUUUCGUGAAAAUUCUUGUUGAUACCAUCGAUGAAGCUGCUUCCGAGGUUCAUCAAACCAACAUACGACUGCGACCGCCGAAAAAGUAUCCUACCCCCUACGGAGGUCGACUGGUUUGGACCUUACCGGGUAAGACUAAAUUGAUUGCUCAUCUAAAGGAUAAGGAUCGCAUCCGACAUCGUAAGCGCUGGUCACAGGUUAUGUACAUGUACUAUCUUCUCGGACAUCGACUAAUGGAACUACCAAUAUCCGUCGAUCGUAAGGAUGUUAUGGCUGAGAAUACGUAUCUGCUUACUCUGGACGGAGAUAUUGAUUUCAAUCCUAGUGCCGUAACACUGCUGGUGGAUCUGAUGAAGAAAAACAAGAAUCUGGGAGCAGCCUGUGGUCGUAUUCAUCCAGUAGGUUCAGGACCGAUGGUAUGGUAUCAAAAGUUCGAGUACGCCAUCGGUCAUUGGCUGCAGAAAGCAACGGAGCAUAUGAUCGGUUGUGUACUUUGUAGCCCGGGAUGUUUCUCACUCUUCAGAGGCAAAGGUCUCAUGGACGACAACGUGAUGCGUAAAUAUACGACCCGAUCGGAUGAAGCACGCCACUACGUACAGUACGAUCAGGGAGAGGAUCGAUGGUUGUGUACACUGCUGCUGCAGCGAGGCUACCGUGUCGAGUAUUCAGCUGCCUCCGAUGCCUACACUCACUGUCCGGAAGGUUUCAACGAAUUCUACAACCAACGUCGUCGCUGGGUACCGUCCACAAUCGCAAAUAUUAUGGACCUCCUGAUGGACUAUAAACGUACGAUCAAAAUCAACGACAAUAUUUCGCUGCUGUACAUUUUCUACCAAAUGAUGUUGAUGGGUGGUACCAUUCUUGGUCCCGGUACGAUCUUUCUUAUGUUGGUGGGAGCUUUCGUGGCUGCGUUCAAAAUUGACAACUGGACCUCGUUCUACUACAACAUUAUACCCAUCCUGCUGUUCAUGUUGGUUUGCUUCACGUGUAAAUCGAACAUACAAUUACUUCUGGCACAAAUAUUAUCAACAAUGUACGCACUGAUCAUGAUGGCCGUCAUCGUCGGUACAGCCUUACAGUUGGGCGAGGACGGCAUCGGAAGUCCAUCGGCAAUUUUCUUGAUAGCAAUGACAGGGUCAUUCUUUAUAGCAGCAUGUCUUCAUCCGCAGGAGUUCUGGUGUAUCGCAUCCGGAUUGAUCUACCUUCUUUCGAUUCCAUCCAUGUACUUGUUGUUGAUUUUGUACUCCAUCAUUAAUUUGAAUGUCGUUUCCUGGGGUACUCGAGAAGUAGUGGCGAAAAAGACCAAAAAGGAAAUGGAACAAGAGAAAAAAGAAGCCGAAGAGGCUUCCAAACGAGCCAAGCAAAAAUCGCUUCUCGGUUUCCUACAGGGUGGAGCAGAUUCUAACUCCGACGAAGAGGGUUCUAUCGAACUCUCCAUUGCGGGACUGUUCCGAUGUCUGCUUUGCACUCACGGAAAAACCACUGAUGAAAAAGCCCAACUGAUUCACAUUGCUGACGCACUGGAUUCAAUCACAAAAAAGAUCGACGUUCUAGAAAAGCACGUCGAUCCACAUGCUCAUCACACACGAAAGCGCACUGCCUCAGCUGGAUCGAAGGACCACCACUUGGGAUCAGUGGCGGAAGAUACCGAGGACGAGGAUGAAUCCGAUUCGGAAACCUCCACGCUGCAGAGAAACGAACGAGACUUCCUAACGAACCCGUACUGGAUCGAGGAUCCGGAUCUGAAGAAAGGCGAAGUUGAUUUUAUCUCCAGCACCGAGAUCCAGUUUUGGAAGGAUCUAAUCGAUCAGUAUCUGUACCCGAUCGAUCAAAACAAGGAAGAACAGGCACGUAUAGCACACGAUCUGAAAGAGCUCCGUGAUUCAUCCGUUUUCGGAUUUAUCAUGAUCAAUGCUCUGUUCGUUUUGAUCGUAUUUUUGCUUCAGUUGAACAAGGAUAACAUCCACGUCAAAUGGCCGCUGGGUGUCAAAACCAAUAUAACCUAUGACGAAGCUACUCAAGAGGUACACAUCUCGAAAGAAUAUCUACAACUGGAACCGAUCGGGUUGGUGUUCGUGUUCUUUUUCGCUUUGAUCCUGGUAAUUCAGUUCACCGCCAUGUUGUUCCAUCGUUUUGGAACCCUGUCGCACAUUCUGGCCUCAACCGAACUGAAUUGGGGCUGCAAUAAGAAGCCGGAGGAGCUUUCGCAAGAUGCUCUUAUAGAUAAGCACGCGGUGGAGAUUGUGAAGAAUCUUCAAAGGCUCCAAGGUAUAGACGGGGACUACGAUAACGACUCCGGUAGUGGACCGGAUAGGAUAGCUAGAAGACGCACGAUUCAGAAUCUGGAAAAAGCACGACAACCGCGACGGCAAAUCGGGACGCUCGAUGUAGCGUUCAAGAAACGUUUCCUCAAGCUGACCGCCGACGAAAAUAACACCGGCACUCCGAUCCUGACGCGUCGAAUGACGAUGCGUCGCGAAACGAUACGAGCCCUGGAGGUUCGCAAAAAUUCCGUGAUGGCUGAGAGGCGCAAAUCGCAAAUGCAAACUCUGGGAGCUAAUAACGAGUACGGAAUUAGCGGUGUUAACGUGACUAACAACAAUGCUCCAGCACGUCCGACACGAAUCUCCAAUGCUGGUGUGAGCGUGAAGGAUAUUUUCAACGUAAAUGGUGGUCCAGGAGGAGACAUCUACGGGGUUACGGGGCAGGUAAAUCAAGCCUACGAACCCGUUAUCGAGGAUGAUGACCGCAACUCGCUCAGAUUGCAACCCCGCAAUCAGGUCACGUGGAGCAACAACAACGGACGGCUGUGA